AUGGCAGAAUUCACUCAUGAAAGUACGGAAAGCCAGGAGGAAGAAGAACUACAGGAGGAAGUGCUAGAUUUCGCACCAGCCGCAUUGGAUGACUCUCUGCCAGAAGUAGAAGAUCCUUUGCAGGAAAUAAAUUUGGGAACAGAGGAGGAUCCAAGGCCAACCUUCAUCAGCGCACUAUUGAAAGAACCACUUAAGAAUGAACUCGUUGCACUUCUACAAGAGUUCAAAGACUGUUUUGCUUGGCAUUAUCACGAGAUGCCAGGAUUAGACAGGGAAUUGGUAGAACACAAGCUACCAAUCAAAGAGGGAUACCUUCCAGUCAAACAGGCCAGAAGAAGAAUGUCCAUGGACACAGAACUGAAAGUCAAAGAAGAAAUAGAAAGGCUGCUCAAAGCAGGAUUCAUCAGGCCUGCCAUCUAUGCUGAUUGGCUAGCUAACAUUGUACCAGUUCUAAAAAGGAAACUGGGGCAGUCAGAAUCUGCGUGGAUUACAGAAACCUGA